AUGACCUCGGCAUCAACUACUACCAACCUAUUCCAGAGAGUUCACACUUCUCACAGAGAUAAUGUGUGCGACCUCUGCCGAUGUCUUCCCUUCUUCGAUCCCAAAGCCAGAGGUCCCUCAUGGGAGCUAGAUGGGAUGAGCUUGCGUGAAAGGAGGAAAUCCCCGUGCAUCUUUUGCCGGUUCCUCGCGCAUACAAUAGACUGCUAUUCAGAUUUCUUCGAAUCGAGCUUCCCAUAUCUCAAAGAGGAAACGGGAAAUCUUCUUGUCCAAGUGGCCGUCGGGGACUCCCGAGAGAAGCAGGCUUGGUACGAUGCAGCGGCGCUUUCUCUCCAUGUGCCGUCACAUCUUUUUGCGGAUCCAGAGCCGACAUCUCCCUCCACGUACUGGCUCACCUACAUGCCGGAUGCUCCGAUCCGUGACUGGCGCACUCGGUAUAGCUAUGUGGUCAUAACUCAAUCCAAAUCUCCGGACCAUGAAACGUCGAAGGAGGGUAAGGCUCUGGUGAUACCGCCACGCCGACGAAAGCCCAAAGAAAUAACGGGCAAAAUCAGCUACAGCCUGAUACAAACGUGGCUUGAUAUUUGUCAGCGGCGACACGGUAACUCCUGCCGCGAGGAAGAGGGCUUCAAGCGGAACUUCCUGAGCAUUAGGCUGAUUGACGUCAAGAGACGGAGAGUUAUCAGCGUGCGCAACCCCGUGCCCAGAUACUUUGCCCUCAGCUACGUGUUUGGCAAGACGGUCCCCCGCGUGCCAUAUCAGAAACUCACGGUGUCUUCUGAAGACCCGUGGCCCUUGCCUCCGAAACUUCCGAAAACGGUCGAAGAUGCCAUCACUUUUACCGAAAGAAUGGGUCGCGACUUCCUUUGGGUUGAUGCAUAUUGUAUUAAUCAGCUGAACAAGUCGGAAUUACAGUUUCAAAUGUUACUGAUGGACAUUAUAUACCAAUGCGCCGAAAUGACCAUUCUUGCCAAUGACGGGUUGAGCGAGGAUGCCGGACUACCCGGAAUCUCGAGACGGAUUGAAUGUACGGCACAGCCCACUCUCGAGACGGCCGGUGGCGGCAGGUUAACAGCGACCUUCGUCGAGUCGGUAUGGGAUACCCAAGGCCGGGCUCCGUGGGACAGCCGAGCUUGGACUUUGCAGGAAGGGCUUUUAUCUAAGCGUUGCUUGAUCUUCGAUCGGUAUCAUAUUAGAAUGAAGUGUCAGAAAGAAAUCUUUCACGAUCUAAUGCCGACCGACUGUGCACUCCGCGGGGCCUCGCUCACCGAAGCUCGCAACUACUUUUGGAAUAAUGGUUGGACCAUCCGAUUGGACGCGGAUGAAUUUAGCUUCAAGUACUGGGAUGCCUUCAUCACCAAUUACACGCAACGCCAAUUGACGCUACAAGAGGAUGCACUCAACGCUUGCCAAGGUAUCCUGAGCUACAUUGAGCAGCGAACCGGCACGGGCUUUCUCUGGGCUAUACCAUCGGUCUCGAUGAUCGAGGCUCUGAGUUGGAAAUCCGCCCAAGACUAUGCCAUCAUACGGCGGACGGACUUUCCUUCCUGGAGCUGGCUGGGCUGGCAGGGCGGUAUCGAAUAUUGGUACUGGCUGGCCGGACUGGAAGACGCCCUGAAAGACACCGCAGACGUCAGCACGGCCAAUGAUCCAUCCGUACGCGCGGAACCCCAUGAUCGGCAAGCAUACCAGCGAAACCCCCAAGCUUGUGUCAUGCGAAGAAACGCAGCCGUAGAUCCCGAAGGUCGAAUUCUCCGGAUCGCCUCAGAGGUGGCUCGAUUUCAACUCAAAAUGGUGCGGGCGGAAGGUGAAGAGUAUACUCCUCCCGGUGCUCCUCGUCCGAUCAUCGCCUGCGGUGAUCAUUGGACCAUAUGCCACGCACAUGGCGACCCUGUCAACAGUCUGGCCGAGGUUGAUUCCACCGACUUUGCCGAGUCCGACUACCUCUUCCACACGCAUCCGGAUGUCUCCAAAGCUCUUCACAAGCAGACGCCGUCCGCCGAAUUUGUUUUGCUCAAGUACUGGCCGGUGGUUCGAGAAAAUCAUCACGAGAAGAAACGAUGGUUUUAUGACAGAGUCGCGGCUAUUCUGGUGAUUCGACAUCCCGAUGGCACCGCCUGGCGAGCGUCCAUCGUGAUGCUGCAUCUGAGAGAUUGGGUGGCGGCAAAGCCCAAGCCAAUCGUUGUGGUUCUGAAAUGA